CGGGACACUCAGGACUUCUAGCAUGCGGUGAUUUGUUUCUUUCACAUGAAGGAUUUCUAGUUUUGUGGACAGAAGUCUGUUAACUAGUUUGGAAAAUUAUGAAAAAGAAGUCCCCUGUACACUCAGAGGAUGACAGUGAGCUGAAAAGAGACAGAAGCCUGAAGACAGUAAGUUUUUUCGAUUCUGUGAGUGUCAUAUCCGGAGGUCAGAGCAAUAUGGAGCUUGGAGUUCAGACUGAGACCCAGCAAAGUUACAUGAGCAGUGGACAGAAUAAAGUGAAGCAUGGGGGAGAAGGACUGGACAGCGAAGUUGCCCAGGAAAUCCUUUACCUGGAUGAGGUCCUUGAGGCCAACUGUUGUGAUCCCAGAGCCGAAAUGACUUCAAAUGGGACAAGUUCCCCUGACACAGAGUCAAUUAGAGUUCAUGGAACUGGACCAUCUGUGCACACUUGUGACACAACGGCCUUAAACCAUCAUGAAGUUGUUUUAGAAGGGAAAAAGCAGACAACUUUUGUUGAUGAUAAUUACAACACCAAACCUAAUGGUCAUGCGGCGAUGAUAGGAAAUAAUGGCACAAGGUCACCUGAGUCGCCUAGGACGGCAAUGAAGAAAGAGGCACGUUUUGAGCUGCGACCAUUUCACGAAGAGAAAAAGCCAUCGAAACUGUUUGACACCCCAACUGAGAAAGAAAUUCGGGUGAAGAAAGUGAGACCCUCAGAAGAGGUCGCAGAGCUAGAGAGGGAAAGGCUGGAACUCAUCCGGGGACAGGCAGUCAAGAAAAACCCUGGCAUUGCAGCAAAAUGGUGGAACCCACCUCAGGAAAAGACACUGGAAGAGGAGCUGGAACCAGAGCAGCUGGAGUCGCUUCGAAAGUAUGAGGAGAGGAAGCAAAGGAAACCAGAAACCAACCGUAUGCCGCAAGCUGCACCCAGACAGACUACCACCUUCAUCCAACCUGAAAUAGCAAAUAAGGAGGACGUUGUCAUGGAAGAGAUUGACUUUUCUGCAGCUCGCAAGCAAUUUCUGCAGAUGGAACAAAGCAAGCAUCCCACGGUCCCUAAGAGGAAUGUGGCACCACAGCUUUACUCAGCCAAACCUUUCUUCAGGACUCCAGAGGUCACGCAUGUAGAGAGGUCGUGCGGUUCUGUCACUGUUGCCAAUCAGGAAGGGGUCACAUCCUACGAUGGAAGUGAAGUUACAACAGUCAAAGCUGAAAAGAUUUACUGCUGCUCUGGAGAAUCCUUCAUACCCACGAAAGAUGGAUUAUCUCAGAACGAGAUGAAGGAUGAUGACUUUACUUGUGCCCGGGCAGUGAUGACCAUAGUGAAGGAUGAGGAUGUCGAUUUGUGUCAACGUUCUUUCAACAGCUCCCACCACACAGAAGAAAUCGACUCUGGGUUGGAUGAUCUAUCACUACGGUCUCAGGACACCACUGUACUUGAGACGCUCUCCAAUGACUUCAGUAUGGAUAACAUAAGUGACAGCGGUGCAUCAAAUGAGACUAUGAGUGCCUACUUGGAAAACUCUCUUGGGGAGUACUCUUUUCCCUCAACCCCGAUGGCAACUACACCAAUCAAUGGAAAACACGAAAUCAGUAUCAAAUCUCCAGGGGAUCAGAUUGGGACUUAUCAGGGAGAUGGUUUAACAGAAGAAGAGUUGGAAUAUCAUGCUGGUAUUCUUGUCCAAAACGCUAUCCAGCAAGCCAUUGCUCAGCAGAAUGACAAAUGGGAGCCACUUCAGGCUACACAACAUUCGUCCCCCAUCACAGAGAGACAUGUGGAAAGUGUUCAACCACAACCCCUAGUGGAAAGACCCACUGUCACGCCACCUCCCAAAGUGCCAUCCCCCCUACAGGAGAAAGAAACGGCUCCUCAAAUAACUAUAGCUCAAGCCACCCCAGUAAUUCCAAUGAACAAUUACAAACCUCCCAGUCCGUCUCCUCCACCAAACGAGAAGCCAGAGUUCAGCUACUUCAGUAAGUACUCUGAGGCGGCAGAGCUCAGGAGCACCGCAACCGUCACUCGUGCUCAGGAAACAGAAGUGACCUCAGGGCCGUUCAAGCUGCGCUCACGCAAACAGAGGACCCUGUCCAUGAUCGAGGAGGAGAUUCGAGCAGCACAGGAGCGCGAGGAGGAGUUGAAGAGACAACGGCAGGCGCAAACAUUGCACCCACCGCGUGCACAAAAGCUGAAGGCCAGCACUCAGCCAAGCAAGCUGGUCCUCACUGGGAAGACAGCACCAGGUAAAAUUGAGAAGGUUCGUCCAGCUCCUCCAGCCUCCCCUUGCUCUUCAGACGGAGCUCUGCCGUCGCCUCUGUCUGAUCUGGGCAGUGAUGAUUCUGGAGGAGCUCAGAGACCCAAGAACUUCAUGCAGACUUUGAUGGAGGACUUCGAGACACACAAAGUCAAGCGCAGGGAGAAAGCCGAGGACAACAGUUUUGUCCACUCAGUUACCUCUGAGGUUCUGGAAGCAACGCGAGUGACUCGCAGAAAAAGUAACAUGGCUGUCCGGUGGGAGGCCGGCAUUUAUGCCAACCAGGAAGACGCCGAGGAGGAGGAAGAGGAAGAAGAAGAGUAAACCCAACCCUCUAUUUUGAAAAGAAUGGAAAACAAAACAGAGGGAAAGUGUGCAACAGGACAAACACAAGUAUUUAUUGGGAAUUCACACCUUUCUGAAGAUUUGUUCUGUCUAUUUCUGGAGCCAAUGGGAUGUUGCUACUAUAAAGGGCUCCAGAUAAAGACAACGAAGACCCGCCGUUUUUACAUUUCCACUACCAAUUUGCUGCAUUUUAUUUUGUGCUGAUUCAUUUUGAGCAAGUGGAAUGUGCAAGGACAAGGACAUUUUGGGGAUUUUUGGCAUUUAUGUUGCAGGUAGGAUUAGUAAGAGGAUCAUUUUGCGUUACAGAGAUAUGUGUGAACAUAUAAAGGCAUGGGGAAAUGAAGUAAUUGUUGUGCUAUUGGAAUUUACAAAACUGGUUUUCUGGUUUGAUCAAGAUUGGAGCCAUGUUUAUAAGAUCAUUUAGAAAAGAAAAUAAGGGUUUCAGCAUCCAACAGGGCAAAAUACAUUUUUUUGUUAAUCACAUGUCCACAUGAUCUCCACUUUAGCCUAGGAAAUCUCAAAUAACUAUCAGAAAUUUGGGUCACACUUUAUUUUAAGGUACAAUUCUCGCUACUAAAAAAACAAUUACCUAUGAUUUUCGCUCAACCUCCUAAUUUGUUGAUUAUUAAGGUAGAAGUUGGCUUUAGAUAAUGGAUAGGAUUUGGGAUGUACAAUAAGAUCAUGCAGAAUAUGUACUUUAUAAGUACAAAUAAACAGUCAAUGGGCUCUAUUUUAUUGAUCUAGGCACAAAGUCUGAAGCGCAGGGUGCAAAAAUAUUAAGGACGUUUUAGAAUCCACUUGUGCUAUUUUAAGGACGAAUGAGUUAUUGGUGUGUUUUGAGAAUAAACCAAUCAUCUCCCACUCUUUUUAAGAGUCAAUUGCAUCGCACAAUGGCGCAUUAAUAUUUUCUAUCCGGACUUUGUAAGUGGAAAAACGGAAUGCUUCACUAGCGAGAAAACAGUUAAACAGUAUCUGCAGCCAGAGGAUAAAGAAUAAGCCUCCUCCAAUUGGCCUUUCUUUUCACUUUUUCUCUUCCAUGGAUAAGGAAACGUGUUGUACGCACAAACAUGCAUUAGGCUACAUAAUUAAUUUUGUUUGUUAAGCGCAAAGAGUUGUUUCAAAACUAUUUCUAAAUUCCGUUCUAAUAACCAGCAAACAAAUAAAUUAACAAUGAUAACGACGUGUGGUCAAAGUGUGGUUAUAUCCAAAUACACAUGCUGUGCCCCAAAUGGUCCAAAACCUGACAGUUGGACAAAUCUAUGCUUAUUUUUAAUAAAGCAAACAUAAAUAUGCAUUUAGUAAAUAAUACUGCUAAUAAUGAUGACAUUAUACAAAAGUAAAUUGUCACUAAUAAACAAAAAAAGCCCCCCUGAGAUGAUGAAGGCUUGGAGGCGGUGGUUUUUAUAUUUAUGUAGAAAAUAAUAUUUAUUUUUAAUAUUUUAUUCCUUUAAUUUUUCCAUUUGUAAAGAUAUUUGUGCAUUGCUUUACAUCCCAACUAACGCGCUCUACGCUGGACUUUAGAACUUCAGCUAUUUUAGCUCCUCAAAAUAGCAACGCACCAACAAUGCACCUUAACACACCUCUUUUCUAGAUCGAAACACCCAUGAGUCCACAAAGUGGCGCAAAUGAAUUUGCUAUCUAAAAAAUGUGGUGGAAAAUUUAGGUUGCGUUGUCCUGAAAAUAACAACACGUGGUGGAAACACUUCUUGCGCCUUAAUGCGCCGGGUGUAUGAUAGAGCCCAAUAUCUUUGUAAGAAGCCACUAUAGUUACUAGUGAGAAUUGGUAUCAAAACUAAAGUGUUACCGAAAUUUCUCAUGUAUAGUUCAAAGGGAAACCAUGUUUUUUUUUUAUAUUUUGGUUGCCAUUUGUAUAACCAGAGUUCGACUACAUCUACCAUAGUGAAAUUAUAGUUAGUAUAUUAAAAUAAUGGUUGCUUUUGGGUACAAAAACAGAACAAAAAGCCCGCUUUGUUGGUUUUAUUUUAAUAAAACCAUGGCUCAUUUUCAGUAUGGGCAGAAUCUGGGAACGGACUAUUAAAAGCACAAACACAAAGUAUACUUAGUAAUACAUAGUGCAAAAAACAAUUCAAAACAUGUGAAACCCAAAAAAAAAAAAAACAGUAUACUUCAGGCAAUUUUGAGAGGUUUGUUAGAGAAAUAAGGUUUGUAAGCAGAAGAGGAAGAAGCAGUGGCAUUGUUUAGGUUAUCCCAACACUAUCUCACACCAAUUCGUAACUUUUAGAUUUAGUGACUAAUUUGUAAUUUGUUUGUACGAUGUCAUUGAUACAUUUUAGUAAAAUUUUAUCCCCAAUGACGGUUGGAUUUAGGGGUGGAGUUUGAUGCCACACCUCCUUUUUAAAAGUCAUACAUUUUCAUACUACUGAACUCGUAUAUAUCCUAACGAAUUAGCCGCUAAACUGACAAAACGUAAAAUAGUUACAUUUUCUUGUGAGAUUAGGUUGGUUAUCCCUUGACCUAAGACAGGAAAUGUCUAAAAAUUAAUUUUAAGUAGUUUUAAGUAAUUUUAAUUUUAACAAGGGCCCUUGUUUGACUUGAAGAUAUAGUGUAGAGAGGAAUAUGAAUAGGCAGAUUUUUAGGAAUGUUUAUUGUCAAGAUCACCAGCGAUCUACCCUAUGCUGAACGCUGGAGAACUACAAUUCUACCACUGAACCGAACUACAACUACCAUGAUGCUUAGUGACAAUCAACACCUGCUACAGCUGCAAACUAAUAGACCAACUAAUAGACAAAUCACACACAGGUGAAGAUCAUUCUUACUGAUUACUAGAACUACAUACACAGCACACACUGGGCUGAGUCUUCUGUAAUGGUGAGAGGCUGACAACGGAGUUGAGGAUCCCCGAGCAGUAUUAAUCAGUAAGAAUGAUCUUCACCUGUACGUGAGUGUGUAUUAGUUCAGAUAGUUUGUAGUGAUGGGCAAAGUGAGACUUCAUGAAACAUCAAAACAGUGAAAAGAAAUGUGUCGAAGCUUCAAAAUGUUUUGAAACCCGUCUCUACAGUGACACCUCGUGGUAAUUUUUAUGUAUCGCUCUGGUGAGACGAGCCUGCAGAGAUAAUUGGUUCGAAUGCAGGGCAAUGUAGCUAUAGAUGGUAGUUUUUAAAUGCUCUGUUCUUGUAACAUGUUUUAUUUUAACAUUGGACAUCCGAAUCAACACUUUGUGAUUAAAUAUGGCUUGGUUUGGUUAUAAAAAAGUAACAUUAUUAAAACGGGAUUAAAAUCAGAAUUCAAACUUAAGCCAUUUGAAGCACAAGUACUCUGAGCACACGCACCGUCCACUAGCCAACAUGAAAUAGAGUUUUUUUUCCAACACUGUCAAACGCAGAUUCGCCAGGUCUCAAAACACUUCUGAAAUGACCAAUGAUUUUAAUCACUUUAGUCACAUGACCUGGGUGUUUUGAAUCCCCUUAGUCGCGUGAAAUGGGUGAUUCAAAUCACCUUAGUCACAUGACCUGGGUGACUCAAAUCACCUUAGUCACAUGACCUGGGUGUUUCGAAUCACCUUAGUCACAUGAAAUGGUGUUUCGAAUCACCUUAGUCAAGUAAAAAUGGUGAUUCUAAUCACCUUAGUCAAGUGAAAUAGUGAUUCGAAUCACCUUAGUCACGUGACCUGGGUGUUUCAAAUCACCUUAGUCACAUGAAAUGGUGUUUCGAAUCACCUUAGUCACAUGACCUGGGUGUUUCGAAUCACCUUAGUCAAAUGAAAUGGUGUUUCGAAUCACCUUAGUCACAUGACCUGGGUGUUUUGAAUCACCUUAGUCAAAUGAAAUGGUGUUUCGAAUCACCUUAGUCACAUGACCUGGGUGUUUCGAAUCACCUUAGUCACUUGACCUGGGUGAUUCAAAUCACCUUAGUUACGUGACCUCUGUGUUUUGAAUCACCUUAGUCGCGUGACCUGAGUGAUUCAAAUCACCUUAGUCGCAGGACCUAGGUGUUUCGAAUCACCUUAGUCACCUGACCUGGGUGAUUCAAAUCACCUUAGUCACGUGACCUGGGUGUUUCGAGUCACCUUAGUCACAUAAAAUGGUGUUUCGAAUCACCUUAGUUAAGUGACCUGGGUGUUUCGAAUCACCUUAGUCAAAUGAAAUGGUGUUUCGAAUCACCUUAGUCACAUGACCUGGGUGUUUCGAAUCACCUUAGUCACUUGACCUGAGUGAUUCAAAUCACCUUAGUCACGUGACCUCGGUGUUUUGAAUCACCUUAGUCACGUGACCUGGGUGAUUCAAAUCAGCUUAGUCGCAGGACCUAGGUGUUUCGAAUCACCUUAGUCACCUGACCUGGGUGAUUCAAAUCCCCAUAGUCACGUAACCUGGGUGUUUUGGAUCAUGCUUCAGUGCAGUGUUUUGAAACAAUUCAGGGUCUCGACACAGUGUCGAAACAUCAGUUUCACGUCAGCCAUCCCUAAUAGUCUGCAGCUGUAGCUGGUAUUGAUUAGCGCUAAGCAUCAUGGUAGUUGUAGUUUGGUUCAGUGAUAGAAUUGUAGUUCUCCAGCAAUCUCCAUACGCUAGAUCGCCGGUAAUCGUGACAUUAAUGAUGAAAGAAGAGGAAUGUAAAAAUGAGUAAAAGAACAAGACAUGUUGAAAGACGCAAGUAUCCACACUGCUGAACGGCUUCAUUUUUAUUUAGAAAGGUGAACGUUUCUCUUUGCAUACACUGGCAUUUUUAAAGCCAUUACAAGCAGAAACGUAAAUGCAGCAGUAUAAUGUGAGAAAUGGUUUAUUUUUUGGGGUUUUUCAUCCAUAUUGUUUCAAAAAUAUCACAAUAACAUGUAAAAAUAUGUUUGUUUGUUUUUUCAUCUUUAAAAGGACACUGACAUCAGUGAUGUACUACAUUAAUUUUUGCCUUCGGAUGCAUUUUAAAGCCACAAAUGAAGACAAUCCCACAAGCAUCAUUCAGCAAUGUGGCUUCGUUGUUGUUUUUGUACCUUCCACAUGCGUAUAAUAUAUAUUACACAAAAAGUAUUUAAUGGACUGCUGUCCUUUUAUGAGUAUAUACGUUAAGUAUUUGUAAUCUUAGAAACGUGCAUUACCAUAAAGUUACACCAAUAGGAACCACGAAUGUUUCUGAUAGAAGGUGCUUGAACUUUAUUUAAUAGAUGAAAAGAGAUUGUAGUUCUCAAUACUUUCUGAAGUGUUUCGAUGCGUGAUGUGAGAUUGUGUAAUGACCAUCAGUUUUAGGAUGUUGGAUUUAUACUUGGACUCUUUGAUAUGAGAUGAUUAUUGUUGGCGAGCGAAAAAUUUGAAUUUUAUAAGGGGAAAAUAUUUUUUAUUUAAGCAGCGAGAUAUAUACAGCGUUCCUACGAAUGGGAAAUAGUUUUGGACAAAUGACUGGGUGUUUAGUACUUUUACCGCACAUUUAUUCAUAUAUAUACCGUGUUGUGUGUAUUUGAGGGCCAAGUAUGCCGUGCUAUAUGCAGUUUGUUUAGGUGUUUAGGGAACAUUACUAGCACAGAUUAGUUCUGGAAAGUAUUGACCGUGAUGCUGACAGGUUUUGCAUCGUGACAUGGGCAGCGUUCAAAUGCUCAUCUUUUGUAUUAUAAUGAAUGAGAAAUGGACAAAAAAAAGGUUGUUUUUACCUCAUGAAGCUAAAUUAUAAGAAAUAAGCCAAUGUUCAAACCUGUAAUAUAAUAGGAUUCCUACAGCAUAGGAUGGUGGCCAAAAUUACUUUUAAUGUAGAACAAUAGAGGAUUGAACAAAGGAUUGAGUAGAGAUUGAGCAAUAUUUGCAGUUUGUGAUGAUAUCUUGGGACUAAAAGCGAGCACUGCGAUCAUAUUAGUGAAAUUAUGGCACAAUUUCAAGUGCAAAAAGGUCUGCGUCUGUUAUCAUGAUAUAUCCACUAUGCUAUCGACAAAUAAUGAAGCUUCUUUAUGCCACAGAAUAAUUUAUACAUAUAUAUUACAAAAGGUAUUUAUAAUAUAUAUAUAUAUAUAUAUAUAUAUAUAUAUAUAUAUAUAUAUAUAUAUAUAUAUAUAUAUAUAUAUAUAUAUAUAUAUAUAUAAACAACGAGGUGAUUGCGAAGUUUCAUAGCACAAUACAGACCUCUUUUCUUAAAACUGCAGUCAAUUUCUCAAAAUUUCAGCUGGAAAGUAACAUUAUUAUUUUUUUUUAUUUAUUUUGUAUCAAAAAUUCUAAGAGUUUGUAAGUAGUUUUUAUUUAAAAAAUCAGAAAUGAGAGAAAACAUCGCAAUUGCAAUAAUGUCACAAUUAACAUCCCAAUUUUGACUUUUUUCUCAGAUUUAUUCUGGAAAUUGUACAUUUUUUUGAAAUUUUUUAUUUAAUUUUUUUGAGAAAAAAAACUGCAACAAAAACUUAAGGUGGCGAGAAAUAAUCAGAAUCGCAGGAAAGCAUAUGAACAUGCAAUUGCAGAAAAAUUGCAUUUAUGGAAAAAUGUACUUUUAAUUCAAGAAUUUUGAGAGUUUUUAGCAGUUUUGAGACUAUGAAUUUGAGUUAGUUUGUAGUUUUGAGAAAAAUAAAACUCAAGAAGAAAACAUUGCAAUUGCAACAGUCACAAUUAAUUCACUUUUUUUCUAAGAAAUGUUCUUUUAAAUUUUGUAAUUUUGAGAAUUUAGAAUUUUUGAGCAGUUUUGAGAAAAACAGGCAGUCAAAAUUGUGAGAAUCAUUUAGAAUUGUUGGAAAGCCAAUCAACUUAAAUUGCAGCGAAAAUCUUUUUUCCUAAGUAAUGUAACUUUAUCUCACAAUUUUUACAAAUGAAAUGUAAAUGAAUUUUUAAGGAAAGGCAAAAAAUACAUUUGCAUUUUCAGAAAAAUGUGACUUAAAGUCCCUGUAUUAGAACCCAACGUGCUUUUUACCAAUAGUGCUCAAAAAUAGAUUAUUUCACAAUUUUGAGAUUAAAAAAAACAUUUGCAUCCAAUACCAUCAGUAAUGAGAGAAAGUCUAUUAAACUGACAAUUGCAAUAAAAUCAGAUGUUUAUAUCUUGCAAUUCUGCCUUUUUUCUCUGACAGUUUCAGAAUUGUGAGGAAAAAGUUGCACAUUUCUAUAUCCUGUGGCAGAAACAGGCUUUGAUAAACAACAGACUUUUUUGCAUGCAAAUUUCAAAAAUGCCGCUAAUAUGAUGCAACUAGCCUAUUUUAGACGUCUAGUCAAGAAAUGACCUCGCCGGUGUCCCGUGUGCAUGACAAGUACUGCGCCUGCUGCUGUAGAUUUUCAUUUUCAGCGUCAGUUUCAGUGCUUUUUAAAAUAAAACUCUUGCCUUCAGUGAAAUCACAAGUAUUGUUUUUACCACCGUUUGAACCAAGUGAGCAGUGUUUUUUUUUAUUUUGACUUUUGAAGUAACACCAAAAAUAUGUUGUGUGUUUUGCUCUUGUUGUUAAAUAGUUAUUAUUAUUAUUAUAACAAAUCCAUUUGCAAAUGCUUUUUUCAAAGGUUUAAUGAGUGUUUUAUUUCCUUUGGGAGAAACCAAAGGAGUGUUGAUUAUGGUGUGAUCAUGCUUUUAAAGCCCUCUUUUGACAUGUUAACCACUUAUUGUAUGUUAAUAUUCUGCUUAUAUUGUUUUAUAGUAAUUGUAAGUCUCACUCUUACACACAUAUAUAAUUAUUUUCUCAUUAAAAAGAAAACAUGGAAAA